AUGUUGCUCCCUUCGGACGUGGCUCGGCUUGUUUUGGGGUACCUCCAGGAAGAGGGACUGUCAGCUACAAGUCAGGCUUUCAUUCACGAGAGCCCAAACCUGAAAGAGUAUGCGGAGCACACCAUAGGGGAUGGGGCUAUUCCGGCUUGCGUUUUUUCCAUAUUUGGGAAGAGCCUAACAACCAUUUUAAAUGAGUAUGUGGCUACAAAAACAAAAGAAUCCAGUCAUGAAGUACCUCUUGUCAUGACCUCACUAUGGAAAAAGCUAGAUUUUACACUCAACCAAAUUAAAUCUUUGCAGAAUUCCCCUGCCAUCUCAGCAAGUCAACGAACACGUUCACGCAUUGGGUUGGCAAACAUGGCCAGGCAGCGAGCCCUCACCAUGUCUUCAGAUGGGGGCGUCGUCUGCACAACUUUGUCCGAAACGAGCUCCGUCAUCAGCCCAGCAUACACAUCCCACAGCAUGCUGGGCCACUCCACGCCUGUGUGCUUCACUGGUUCACACACCAGAGCUGCUCCCAGCAGCGGUACACAGCUGCAAAUCCAAGAGGGCAGCCGAUUAUUAAGUACUCCCAUACAACUCAUUGUUACAGAGCACCGGCUAAGUUCUGGCUCAUUGUCCCCCGGCCGACGGAAAUGGGAAACUCCCAAGAAGAGAAGCGGUGCUUCGAGUGGAUCCAGUGGCCCUGGCAAAUCUGCAGGAACCAUCAGUAACCCAAGCGCAGAACCCCAACCCGAGGAGGCCGUGGAGGAAAACUUUCCUCAACUUGUCAUACAAAAUGCUCGAGACAAGAUAUUGGGGGACAGGUCACUACAAGAGAAGCUUGCUGAGAACAUUAACAAAAUCCUCGCCAAUGAGCCGACACCCCAGACGCCAAAGGUGUCCACAAGCACCGUAGAGGCAGACCAGUCGAUAGAUGAAAUUCUAGGAUUACAGGGGGAGAUCCACAUGAGUGACGACGCCAUCCAUGACAUUUUGGAACAAACCGAGUCUGAUCCAGCUUUUCAGGCCCUCUUUGACCUCUUUGAUUACCAUAAAAACAGACUAACUGAUGGAGAAAUGGGAGAUGGUGAUAUCAGCAGUAGUCCAGAGGAGAUUGACUUGACUGGGCCUUCGUUUGCAGCCCGGCCACUUCAAAGUAACGAUCCAGCCCCUACAGCUGGAGAUUCAAAUGCCUCUGACCCAACUGCGGUAGCGCUGAAAAUGAGAGCUGGACAAGAGCGAAAGACCAGGAAGUCUACUGCCCCCACUUUGUUAAAGAAAACCUUUCUUGACUCCAGUGGCAGGGCAUCCAGAAUUGAGAACAGUUCAGCCAGACUGUUGGUGAGUCAUGGGGAGCACAGAGGAGCCUCAGCGGCUGCAGGGGACUCCAGCAGGAAAGAGAAGUCCUCACUUGGGAAUAGCAGUGUUGGAAUCACGAUGGAUAUUGAUGAACCGCUGAAUACACCUCCCCCUGUAGACUGUCCGCCCACUCAGGAGACCACCACGGACAGCUCCACCCCUUCAGCUGCCCUCGGUAAAUCAGCCACAGACCCUGCUUUAUCUGCCAUCCCAGACCAGAGAUCGCUCUUAAAUUUGGGGAAAAAGCAGGAUCCAAAGCCAGCACAAGGCUCUGUAGAGCGGUCUGCUACAAAUCUAUCUUUAGUUGUGAGGGAUAGCCUGCUUUUGCCACCAUUGGCUUUUCAGCUGAAUGACUCCUCAGUGAUGACCGCCAGCCAACCCCACGCAUCAGUGUCCAGCAGCGGAGCCGAUUCUGCGCCCGGGCCAUCUAUGUCAGUUACAGGUGCCUCGCCCUCAUCAAUUUCCACUCCUUUAACCGGGACAGCCACAACUGCUGUUCUUACAGCUACAACCUCAUCCACGUCACCUUCCUACUGUCCCCCGGUUACACCGACACGAAGUCCCUCCGGCACCAACCACACGACUCCAAAAAAGGCAGGAGACUCCAGCAAUAUUGUCUCUUUGAAGAUCAUUAUUAGUGAGAACCAGGGCACAGAUUCUUCCGGCGACACAGCUCUUAAUCGGGCUAUUUCAACCAUCUCUGAGGAGAGCAUACCCACCAUCUACCUGUCCUCCCCAGCUAAGUCGCCAGCAUGUCCUGGCACUCCUAGGUCCAACUUUGACGAGGCAGCGCUGGCAGUGAGUGGCUUACAAAGCUCCGAGGCAUGUGACAGUCCUCUCAGCUGUAAAGCUGGAGCCAUAAUAGCAUCCCCACUAACCGGGACCUCACAAGCACAGCAGAGAUAUGUCAUCCAGCUACCCAUGGAGACCACCACCCCUGGGCUCCAAGGUUCCACUUCCAGUUAUUUCCUCGUAACACCAACUCCAGAUGUUCAAGGCAGACAGGUUCUUCUUCCUGCUGGUGUCUCAGCAGGACAGCCUUUGCCCAGCAACCAGUAUGGAGGGACACCAACUCCCUCCCAAGGCUUCUCUACAGGGCCAGCUCUCAUCUUGCCAUCACCUAUAAAGCCUGUGGUGCUUCCUGUUUCUGUUCUGGGGCAGAAUACUUUGGGGAAAGUUCAAAUGGUGUGCAACCAGUUUGUUGAUACACCGAAUAGUUUACCAGUACAGCAGCCCAAGCCGACGACAGUGGCAGUCAAAGAUUCUGCCGCUCCUGGCACUGAGAAAAAUCUGCCUAGCCCCCCGGGUCAGAACGACGCAAAGGGCUUCGGUCACAGGAGAAUUUUAUGUUUCGACCCUUCAUCAGCAGGAGUUCAACCACAGACUGCUAAUACAACUGAGGCCCCGACAACCUUGGCUGAAAACGCAUCCAGAUCCCAGCCUGUCCAGCAGGCAGCGAAUGACAAGAAACAGCCAGUGACUCGAACAAAACCUAAUAUCUUGGGUGGUAACAAACCUAAGAGGAGAAUAGAGACAGUCAGAUGUUCAUCAGGUCCUCUGAUUGGAGGAGGCUCGCUAAAGGAAUGUUCUCCUGUGAAAACGCAGCAGAACGAUCCUGUAAAAAAGAGCUCUCGCAAACAAGAACAUAACAUUCAUAACAAAGAGUCUCUACAUGUAAAUAUCAACAGUGUUAUUCAGACAGAGGGUGCCAAACAACCAGAAUCAGGAAAGAGAAAAUCUGCUGACGAGAGAAACAACGAUAAGGAUACAACAAACGAUAAAGAUGCUCAAGGCUCCAAGUCGCCAUCAUGUGAUUCUGCACUAAAAUCAGGAAGCAGAAAGGAUAAAGAAGAGAGCAGUGGGCAAGAACCCAAAGAGAAGGCUGCUCUGAAAACACGAGAGGGGCGCACGGAGAAAAGGACUUUCUCUCAGGAAACCCCUAAUGUAGCAGCUAACAAGGAGAAUGAAAUAAAAGUUGGCGUGCAAGAGCAGCAGCUUUCAACACCACCUUCAUCCUCGGCAUCGAGAGACUUUAGCCCUCCAGCUGCCAUACAGCUGGUGUCUAACACCCAGCCCAAGGCUGGAAAAACCCCAUCAAAGACGAGCUCUCUGGCCAAACAAGCAGCUGAGAUGCUUCAAGACAUUCAGGGGAUCAAGUCUCCCUCCACCCCUGUAAAAAAAGCUGGGGCUGCUAGUUCAGACAAUAGUCUUCCUGGGACUGGUCAUAAUCACGAAGCACCCUCGGAUUAUCUCAGGACUCCUUCCCGAAAGAAGGGUAAAGAUGGAGAGGGGACUCCCAAGCAUCUACUUCCUCCCAACACUCCAGAAGUGCCCACCUGCAGCCCAGCCAGUGAAGCUGGAAGUGAAAACAGCAUUAACAUGGCCGCACACACACUCAUGAUUCUCUCCCGGGCCGCCAUCGCCAGGACUAGCACUCCUCUGAAGGACAGCCUGAGGCAGGAGGAAGUAGGGGAAAGGUCACCCACGAGCUCAAAGGACCCCACAAACAAGAAACGCAAACACUCCUCUCAAACAAACAGCCCCCCUCCAAAGAGACAAUCUAAACGAUCCCCCGGCAAAAAGAAAGACAGAGAAAAGAAGAAACUUGUUGAUUGUUUUCCCCACGAUCUGGAUGUGGAUAAGUUCCUGUCUUCGCUUCACUAUGAUGAAUAAAAGUGGACACGCAAAUUUGGAAAGGAUGACCACAUCGCUACCUACUUAGGUUACUAUCCAGGAAUAGAACAAGCCAUCUCCUAAAUCGGUGCCUGUGGUUUCUUAGUGACUUUAUCUGAUACCUUAUAAGCUGCAAUGUCUUCUGUAGCCAUCGAGGAACUUUAGACUGUUUUCUUGUGAAAGUAAUCCAGAAUAGGAUCCUGUCAUAUGCAGCUACAGACAACCAUGGCACUUUUUAUUAAUUUACCUAUUUUAAUCUUCAUUCUUUCUUUAAUGGUAUAGUAUUCUGUACAGUACAUCAUUUUUGGGGAACACUUUGACAUAGUGGAUGCAUACUGUUAAUGGGUACCUCAAAAGGUUUUCUUGGUCAAUAUUUGACUCUCCUUUGAUGGUGACUGCUUGGUUUGUUAAAGUACAUUCUGCAAUAUGUCUGCACCCGUCAUUUGAUUGUAUUGAAUGAAGACCCCAUUUAUUUUAGUAUUUGUGCUUAGUUGAUUAAAUAAUUGGAAACACAAAACAAACUAAAAGGAAAUAUCUGGCAACAUUUUUACAGUGUAGUCUUUUUUUAUUUUAAUUUCCUGUGUCGCAAAUCAACUACAUGUCAUCGUUUAAGCUGCAAUUGAACACAUGGACAAAAAACUAAUUUUCUUCUUUAAGAAACUUCUUCGAUAUACAUUUAAAAAUAUUUUUUUAAAGCUGUCACAGCAUGAAAAGCGCAUGUAUAAUUAAUCAAAUUAAUGAUGGCCCAGUAACUUCUGUCCCAUUACACAUCGACAUUGAGCAUGCAAGUCUAACCCCCUUACUCUAGAUGCAUAUUUUGCUAAUUUGUCAGAUUAGAAUGUAUGUUGUGAAAUAGAUCUAAUCUGAGAUUUACAUAUUUUGACAUUUUAUUCUAACGUGAUUAGGUAUAUAAGGUGGGAUGGUCAUAUUUUCUCUGACUGAAGGAUGCAAAUUGUUUAACACGAGACAUACACCUGUCAUGUUUUCUUUGAAAUAAGUCGAUUUAAUGCCGGCAAGUGCCGAAGUUGUCACGUUUUGUUGGCAAAUCUGGCAACCUCCGAUUGGACCGCUAAACGGAAAUACGUCACUUAAACAAUUUCACAAUAACAGUGAGUUGAUCUAUUGAAACACAAAGAUUGUAACUGACGCCAUUAAAUUUCAAGUGCUCAAUUGAAGCUGACUUUUUAAGCUAUGUGACAUAUUUGUAUGAAUUAAAUCGUAAAAAUUUGGUGGGGAACUCCAGGGUACUCCGUACAGCAGAUCUUAUUUUUAAACGUUCAGCGUUUGUUUCCGGGUGAAGAGAACAGGAAAGAGGACUGCCUGACCUGCUAACCAGUGAUUGACAUGGCAGCCAAUGGAGCGAGCUGUGAACAGCCGCAGAAACGUGCAGGACCCAAAGAUAAACAGAAUGGCAAGUCUACAGACCUAUCAGUAAGAGAAAGACGACAGAAAGACAAAGAAGAGCGUUUUUCUCUGGUGUUAUGGAGGAGGCCAGUCACCACUCUACAUUACUUUCUUCUGGAGACCCUCAUUAAGCUAAAGGAGUUGACUUCUAAGCUUUGGCAACAACGAGGCACAGUGCUCUUUUUUUUGGUGUUGUGUUCACUGUUCUCAAUUGCUUAUUCCACUGAGGGAGUGCACCAACAAUAUGUUCGAUAUCUGGAGACGAAGUUCUUAUGGUGUGCCUACUGGGUAGGCCUUGGAAUCCUGUCCUCAGUGGGACUUGGGACUGGACUGCACACCUUCCUUCUUUAUCUGGGUCCACAUAUAGCAUCAGUUACCCUGGCAGCCUAUGAGUGUGGGUCCACAGACUUCCCAGAGCCUCCAUACCCAGACCAGAUCAUCUGUCCCCAGGUUGGAGGGGAGGAGGGCAGCAUCUCCCUCCUCUCAAUAAUGUCAAAGGUCCGCCUGGAGGCAUGUAUGUGGGGUGCAGGCACAGCCAUCGGAGAGCUGCCUCCAUAUUUCAUGGCCAGAGCAGCUCGUCAGUCAGGGGCUGAUCCAGAUGAUGAAGAUUAUGAGGAGUUCGAAGAAAUGCUUGAGCAGGCCGAAGGGGCUCAGGAUGUUGUCACAAGAGCCAAACUUGGAGUUCAGCACAUGGUACAGAAAGUGGGAUUCUUUGGGAUCUUGGCUUGUGCCUCUAUUCCCAAUCCUCUCUUUGACCUGGCCGGAAUAACAUGCGGCCAUUUCCUGGUUCCCUUCUGGACCUUCUUUGGCGCAACACUUAUUGGGAAAGCCAUCAUCAAGAUGCACAUACAGAAACUCUUUGUCAUCAUUACCUUCAGCAAGCACAUAGUGGAGCAAAUGGUGUCACUCAUCGGGUCUGUGCCUACACUGGGACCAUCGCUCCAGAAGCCUUUCAGUCAGUACCUGGAAGCACAGAGGAACAAGCUGCACCACGCUGGAGGAAGUGCACCGGCGGACGAGAACUGGCUGUCGUGGGUGUUUGAGAAGGUGGUGCUGGUCAUGGUGUGCUACUUUGUCAUCUCCAUCAUCAACUCCAUGGCUCAGAGCUACGCCAAGCGGCUGCAACAGCUGAGACACUCGGAAGAGAAAACCAAGUGAUGGCGAGGCAAAGCGGCAGCCGCCUCCAAGUGACUGUGUUCCCGCUGCUGCUGAGAGCGCUCCCCUCAGCCACAGCCACUCUCAACUUAACAACAAACCUCACCCUCCUCCAUUCUCAGAGAGGCUGAAUGCUUAACAAAAAAAAAAAAAGAAUCAGGCAUUGUUUGCCUGUGUGUGUGUGCGUUUGUGUGCUGAUUAAAAUGUUUGUCCCUUUCUACCGUCUCCCCCCCUCCCCAUUCAGGUUUUGUAGUUCUUCCUCCCAUCUCACUCUGCGUGCAGGUAGUGAUUGGUUCUACUGCUGAUCUUAACAUGUUACGUUAACAUUGAAUAAACUCAUUCAUCAACCUCAGAGGUAACGCGGCGGUUCGAUGGCCGCGUUAAGGGCGGCGCCCAUCAGAUGCUAUGCCUUAUGCAAGACGGGGAACUAUGAGGUCCCUUGAAUAUAGCUCUUGACAUAUUGACUUGAUUUUUAUUUAAUUUUGUAACAUUGCUGUCUGGAAGGACAUCACAUUGACUGUAUAGUGUGCUUUGCCAAGAUUACUGCAAUGGAUAGUCUUUUUGUUUUUUUUUCAGGGUUUAACUGUCCUCAUGUUAUCGUUCAGUUUACCGUUUAGGCCAAUUUGUCUUCAUUUGUUUCAGGAGAGAGAGCAAUACCUCCUUCAAAAGUGGGGAAUGAAUGGUUUGCACAUUGUGUAAAUAUCUUACCUUCUUUUUGACAGUACGGUCAGAUGUAUUUCUAUUCCUAUAGUCAGUGUGAAAAAAAAAAACACAAAAAGAAAAGGUGAUAUCAUUUGUAAGGUGACAUUGUAUCCUGAACCAGUAGUCCCAUUCUAUUCUGUACAUUUAGGUCAAAUCUGGGCUCGGCAUAUAUAUAAAACAAAGGAAAUUAUAGAACUUGUUUCCAUGUC